GUGAUCCCUCCCUCUUACCUGGAGUGUGACGUAGGACUGAUCCUAAGCUUUUCCCAGGCCUUCAGGGAAUGAAAACUGAGAACUGUUCAAACAAGCACCAGGAAGAAACAUUGCUAAACUCUUCUCGGAUAAACUCAUUCGCUCAGAUACAGAGUGAGGAUCUGGUUCCUACAUGUACAAAAAUGAGCCAGAAGCUCAUCACUUUACCACUCUUGGCUGUUGCUCUGGGUCUAUUAUCUGCAAUCCCUCUGUUGGCAGAAGCUGUUACAUUUAUUGCUGAAGUUGCAACUUUGAACAGUGUAUCCACAACCCCCUCUGUACAGUUGAGCACCACCAUGGCCAGCACAACAGCAACAGAGAAAACAACAUCUCAAACAGAAGCAAUAACCAGUAAAGCACCCGAAUUUGCUUCAGAGACAACUCCUCUCAGAAAUGCAACUGGAUUCACAACAGAUUCCUCCAGUGGUGAUUCCACAUCUGUGUCGAAGAGCACCAUAUCUGAUCCUUCACCCACAGCCAUGUCAACAUCAACAGCCCAGGGGACUCAUGCAAUUACUACUGCAAUAAGUACAUCACAGUCCACCCACAAUCAGUCAGUAUCAACCCUGUUACCCAAUGUCACAGGGAGUAGUCCACUGAUCCCCACUUCAUUUUACUUCACUCUCACCACUCCCACUUUAGGUGAACAUUUUGGUCUCAGCUAUUCUGAAAAGGCUAUCACCAUUUUCCUCAGUAUUAUUCUUGGGGUGGCAGUUCUCGUGUUAUUCAUGUACAGCCUUAACAAAUGCAAGAAGAAGAAGACUCAGUAUGUACACCGACCCCUCUACAACAACCAUGAUGACACAGUGAACAGGUACAGGACACCAGAAGACACCCUUGUGAUUUCAGGAGGACUAUAUGAUGGUCCUCAAAUCUACAACCCUAACAUGACAGUUUUGGAUGAGGAUGAUGAAUUCCAUUCAGAAAAUCCUGCUUUUACCAACCAACCUCCACAAUUCCGUCUGGAAUUCUUGUCUGAAGAACAAGAAAGGUCUCCUGACUUGGGAGUUAAUACCUUUGAAACCUUUAAUGCUCCAACUGAGGAAACAUAAUGCUUUCC